AUGUCCCUAAAACGCGGCGCCCCACCGCCCGACGCCGCCGCCGCCGACCACGCGCGUCCCUCCAAAACCACCAAGCUCCACGACAACAACGCCGCGGCCACCACCGAACAACCGCAGCAGCAACAGCAGCACGAACCCCCCACCAUCUACCGCUCCGCCCCCCUCACCGACCGCCGCUCCACCUUCCUCGCCUUCUUCGCCCCCGGCACCGCCCUCUCCGCCCGCGCCCUCCAAGCGCACCCGGACUUCCGCUCCGCGACGCACCGCAUCGCCGCGUGGCGCCGGCCGAGCGCGCAGCGCAAACUAUCGCUGCUGCCUGCAUCCAAGACGUCGCCGCCCUCCUCCAAUAACGUUGUGGAAUCCGGCCACGACGACGACGGCGAAUCCCACGCCGGCAAGCGGCUGGCGCGCGUGCUGGAGGCGAUGGGCGUGGAUGCCGGCGCGGUGGUAGUGGCGCGGUGGUACGGCGGCGUCAUGCUCGGCCCGGCAAGGUUCGCGCAUAUAGAGAAUGUGGCGAGGGAGGCGGUGAGGGAGUGGCGGCGGGCGGUGGUGGCGGAGGGGGUGGAGAGGAGGGUGGUUGAGGAGGGGAGGAAGAAGGAGGGGUUGGUGAGGGUGCUUGGGGAGAGGGAUGGGAGUAUUGAGGUGUUGAGGGGGUUGUUGGCGGAGAAGAAGAGGGUUGCGGGUAGGGGGGAGGGGGAGGGGGAGAAGGCGCAGAGGAAGCAGAUGGAUUAUGGGAAGAUGCCGGUGCAGGUGUUGGAGAAGUUGGAGAAGGCGAGGGAUGCGACGAUUGCGUUUAUUUUGAAGGAGUUGGAUACGGUUGAGGAUGAGAUUCUUAAGGGGAUGGGUGAGGGGGAUGCGUUGGAUGAGGGUGAUGAGGUUGCUGGAGAGACAGCCGAUUUGGCGGGGCAAGACGGGAAGAACGACGAGACUAUGGCUGGCGACGUUCCUGGGGGGAGUCCAGGUGCAGCACAGGAAGAGGAGCUUACUGAGCAAAAGCAAUGCGAUUCGGCGGUAGAAACUGAAAGUCCCGCAAAACAAUCAAAUCCAGAUGCUGGCUAA